AGAUUUGGGACAGGAGGAAGCGAAGUGGGGUGCAGCCCUGGGACAGUGGAGCGGGGAGUGCAAAUCCCUAUACUGGCAGUGGCGAGUAGGAUGCAUUAACGGGGGAGUCCAAGCCUUGAUAUCGUGAUGGAGCAGGUACCAGAGCAUGAUGAGCCGUUUUCUGAAUGUGUUGCGCAGCUGGCUGGUCAUGGUGUCCAUCAUUGCAAUGGGGAAUACAUUGCAGAGCUUUCGUGAUCACAGCUUCCUCUCCGAGAAGCUGUACACGGGCACACCCACCCUUGUGAAUGGUCUCCAAGCUCGGACCUUUGGCAUCUGGACUCUGCUCUCAUCAGUGAUUCGCUGCUCCUGUGCCAUUGACAUCCGCAACAAGACCCUCUAUCACAUCACACUCUUGACCUUCCUCAUAGCCCUGGCCCACUUCCUCUCUGAAGUGUUUGUUUACGGCACAGCAGCCCCGACGAUUGGUGUCCUGGCACCCCUGAUGGUGGCAAGUUUCUCCAUCCUGGGCAUGUUGAUUGGGCUGCAAUACCUGGACGUGGAUGCAGUGUCACGAAACAAGAAGAAAAAUUGAAGCCAAGGGUCCCACGUAUGUUAGAAUCACCUGCCUGCUGCCUCCACUUCUUCCCUGCCAAACUCCUGCCAUCUUACCUCCCUGGCCCCCUCUCUGCUUCUCUAGCCCCUGGCCCCCUGCAGUCAGAUCAUAGUUUGACUUCUUGUUAAUCAUUCUUCAUUAGCAAUUGAUUUCACCUGUACAGGCAGUGUUUUAAUGGUGACCAGUGAUAAAAGCCCAGCCCCAAGUCUGUGGGGGGCUGUCCCACUGUAGGCAUUGCCUGAGACAUCCUCAGUUCCUAGGCUGGCAAGGGGACCACUUCCCAGCAAUGCCCAGCACUGUUCUCCCCCUACUGCAGGGCACCUGCAGGGAGGAGGAGUAGAGCCACCCAUGAUCUGCUGGAGAUCUGUGGAGGAGGAGACACCAAGUCCAGCCCCUGGUGCUGCUGUGUUUUGUAUGUGUCUAUGUUCAUGGGGCAGUUUGUAAUAAACAAUAGAAAAAUGUG